UUUUCACUUUAAUUUGGGUAUGUAUUAUAACUUAUAGCAGAAAAAACGUAAAUAAGCAGGCAUGUUGUUUAUUUCGUGACAUUUAAUGGAUCUAUUGGAAUUUAUCGAUAAUUAACAAUUAGUUUAAUUUUUAUUCAAGUUAAAAGUUUAUUUAUUGAUUAAUUUAAUGUAUAAAUUGUUCAAAUUGUUGUCCUCUGUGAAGAAAAUAUGAUUCAGCGCGCCGCAUGAAUUCUUUAUUUGUUGCAGCAGUAAUUUCUUCAUCAGUCAGUUGAUUGCAAUGAUAUUUAUAAUAUUUUAAAUAUUGGAAUAUAUUCGUUUCUAUAGAAACGUAAUCUAAUAUUUAUCGUAUUUUAUCAAGCACUAUAAAAUUAAACAUUAGGCACCUCCCUUAAAGUAAACGUUUAUCUUUAUGACAAUUUGAUACAAAAUUAAAUACGAUGAAAUGAACAUGAAAUGUUUACUUAUACAAACUGAUCAUUUCGAUAUUUUUUAUCGUCCAAACACGUAUGUUACUCCGUGAUCAGUAUGAAUCAUUCUGAAAAAGUUGUUAUGUUAUUUAUUUAUUGGGAGUGUCAAAAAAAUGCCCGUCGUGCAGCACAAACUUAUGCUCAUCGUUUCCCAAAUAGAGAACAUCCUGCCCAUAGUUUUAUUCAUAACUUAGAAAGGAAUUUUAUAACCUAUGGUUCAUUUUCUAAAAGGGUAGACAAUCAACAACGAAGACGAAGUGAUGCUUUAGGGGAAGAGUUUGAGGAACAACUAUUAACCUAUGUUAGAGUAAAUCCCAGAGCUUCUACACGGCACGUUAGCAGAGAGUUAGGAAUAUAUCAUACCGCAGUUUGUAUUAGUUUGUAUAGUUUGUAAGAUAUUAAAAAAAUAUAAAAUGCAUCCAUAUCGACCUGAUUUAGUUCAGAAUUUACGUCAGAGUGAUGCAGAUCGUAAACUUAAUUUUGUUGCGUGAUUUAUGACCGCUAUAGAUUAAAAUCCAUUUAUUUUAAAUUCAAUAUUAUGGACCGAUGAAUCUAAGUUUACUAAUAAUCAGUGCUCGACAUGAAGGGGGACGGAGUACCCCAACUAAUUUUCAGAAAUUUUAACGUCCUCCUACUAUUAUUACGCUAUAAUCAUAAC